GAUUUUUACAACUCAGCGCUCCUAACCAACUGCUUCAUCCGUUGCUGACUUGCGACGAUGCGCCCGGUUCAACAUUUUUGAUUAAACUGGCCCUCUGAGCGGCUCCAGGGCUCAGGGCAGUGGCAUGGUUUGUAGAGGAUGGAAACGGACGAAGUGUCGAUUAGGGAGCAACUUUUCCACAACCGCGUCCGAGAGACGAUAAUCUGUGUCCUCUUGUUUACGUGCCUUUACAUGGUGUGCUACCUCAUCCUCACACACUUCAAAAAGACUGCCGAGUUUAUCACAGAUGAUAUCGAAGAUGCUACCGUCAACAAAAUUGCGCUCUGGCUGUGCACGUUCACCCUGUCUGUCGCAGUGUGCGCCGUGCUGCUUCUCCCCAUCUCCAUCCUGUCAAACGAGGUUCUGCUCACCUUCCCACACAGCUACUACAUGGAGUGGCUCAAUGGCUCUCUUAUCCACGGGUUAUGGAACCUAGUGUUUUUGUUCUCCAACCUGUCCCUCGUCUUCCUCAUGCCUUUUGCAUAUUUCUUCACCGAGUCAGAGGGGUUCGCUGGAUCCAAAAAGGGAGUAAUGGCGCGAGUGUAUGAAGCUGUUGUCCUGCUGAUCUUGCUUGCGCUCCUUGUGCUGGGUAUUGUGUGGGUGGCAUCAGCUCUCCUCCAUGACAACGUUGCCCGACAGAGCCUCUACGACCUGUGGGAGUAUUACCUGCCAUACCUGUACUCUGGGAUCUCUCUGUUUGGAGUGCUGCUGCUUCUGCUGUGCACCCCGUUUGGCUUGUCUCGAAUGUUCAGUGUUACGGGUAGCCUGCUUGUGAAACCUCGGCUUCUGGAGGACAUAGAAGACACUCUGAGCUGUACCGUGUUUGAAGAAGAUUCGCUCUUCAGGAAGCUGAACUGUGGCAGUCCAUCGUGUUGGGUCAAGUUGAACAUGGAGGCCAUGAGAAAAGAGUACCUAGCAGUUCAGAGCAGGCGUGUCGCCCUGGAAAUGCGGAGGAAGGCAUCACCAUGGCAACGAAACUUGGGCUAUCCUCUGGCGAUGCUUAUCCUGCUUGCACUGACGGUGAUGUGUGUGCUGAUGGUCUGUUUCAAUGUGUUGGAGCUGCUGCUGGAUGAGACAGCCAUGCCCAGAGGAAUGGAGGACCCUCACCUGGGAAUGGCCUCCUUCUCCAUGUUCGGCUCUCUGGGAGCUGCAGUUCAGGUGGUCCUCAUCCUCUACCUGAUGGUGUCCUCAGUUGUGGGUUUUUACAGCUCUCCUCUCUUCUGUGGCCUCCUCCCUCGCAUGAAAGACACUAACCUCACACAGAUCAUUGCAAACUGUGUUUCGCUGCUAAUUCUGAGCUCUGCACUGCCGGUGUUUUCACGCACACUUGGGAUCACCCGUUUCGAUUUGCUGGGAGACUUUGGUCGAUAUAACUGGCUUGGGAACUUCUACGUGGUCUUCCUGUACAACAUGAUGUUUGCUGGUCUCACCUCCGCCUCCCUUACAAAGACAGUCACCUGGGCGGUGCGGAGGGAGCUCAUCCGUGCCUUUGGACUCGACAGGCUGCCAAUAACUGUGUCACGGUCUACCAUUCCUUUUAAACUCCUCCUGGCCAGUGGGCUGUCUAAAAUCCAGUGACCUUUUUUUUUUUUUUAAUUUAUUUAUUUUUUACCACUCCUAAGCACUGGCUAGUCUAACCUUUAAAGGCCGAACCACUUUGUGAACCAGUGAUUCAAGCCUCCUCCUGGCCGUUGGACAGCAGAGCCUUCCCUCUUUAAAAGGACGGGCAAAGACGAGCCUCUCCGUUCUUUACUCAGCGGGAACACAGCAUCUUGGUGUGUUUUCAUGAGCGACGCGUCCCGAUCGAGAACUGUGCUGCUAAGUGACUGCAAGUUGAGCAUUCAGUCCAAGUCAUCUUAUACAAGACUGCGUUGGACAGCGCUGGACAGCGAAGAAAGGAUGGAAGCCAUAUUGGGAGUACUGCCUUUCUGAACAAUAAAGUCAGCAGUAUUUUUUUUUUGUGAAGUGAAGCUGUGUCAUGAAUCCAUCUCCCCCCUUCAGGGUUUUCUUGGUACUCCAGUCAAUUCCUUGCACGUUACACAACCUCUGUGAAAUUGGGACUCUUCUUUUGUGUGGGUCUGGUUUUCUAACAGGGUUUUUACUGUAAAUAAGUACGAGGUUGUUUUGUUGGAGGAAAAGAGACUUUGUUGUUGUAUGUAUGUCAACCUAGAGGUUACACAGGGAAUGUGUGUGUGUGUGUUUUGCUGGUUUUCCAGGCAAAUGGGAGCAUUUUGUGAGUGUGGCCAGAACUGUACUAUUUUGGGGAAGAAAAAACAAGAAAUGUGUCUUUCUUGUUUAAGAAACAAGAAAAGUUUCUUAAACAAGAAACCUUUCUUUUUCUAAUUGUUCUAAUGUAAACUGUUCUAAUGUAACAGUUUACAUUAGAACAGUUUAAUGUAAACUGUUCUAGUGAGGAAUUGCUGCCUUUACCAAUCAAACUGUGGAUCAUUAAGAAUCUGUGUGGGAUUGUGCAAUAUUUUAUACAUAAAAGCACAUUUUGAAACUUUACCAAAAGUCAUUUUAGAACCUAUUUGUUUAUUUUUUUAAUUUUGUUUUUGUGUUUGUUUUUUUUGUUGUUCUUUUAUGUUAGAAUUUUUAGAAUCCUAUUUUUUUUUAAUGUUUUUUAAUAAAGAAACCAAAUGUGACCCUCAGGGCUUUCAUUGUUUUCCAGAAUGGUGCAAAAUUCCAUAAUCUCAGCAUUAUGUCAUCAUCUGCUGCGUGUUGGUGAUCCUGUGUCGCUGCUUUUGCGCCUGCAUCAUCAGCAGCUUGUUUUCUGUUGGUUUGACCAGCAGGGGGCAGUGCAUCUCAAACGCAAAAACAAGUUUUGUUGGAGAUUGUCCUCUUCUAUGUGUCCCAACGUUAUGUACACGAACCACUACGUUUACCCACCGAUGUUGUUCAGGGAAUGUUCAUUCUUGCUUCUGAAACAGAAGGUGUCUAGUGUUUUCUAUUUAUAGGUAUUUGGGUUUUAUACGUCACGUUUAAGUCAUUGCUCCAUAACUGUGAGGUGAUGUAUGAGCAAAUAUUUAAAGUGAUACUGCAACUUUUAAAAAAAGUGUUUACUUUAGAGGCCUCUGGUUUGGCAUUCCACUUUUUUUCAUGUUUUACAGUGUUAUGAGCGUAAAGCAAUAAAAAGGAAAAUCUUUUGA